CCGCGCCGCGGACUCGCCAGAACGCACUAGUCCUUCGUCGAGGUAGGACGUGCUCUCACUGUCUGAGCCGAACCGAACCGGGCCGAGCUGAGCCGAGGUCAGCCGUGGUGGUCAGUGGACCCCAGCAUCUCGGGCAUCUUUCGCUCCGUGCGCGCAUCGCGUACCUACACCGCAACUCCGUGCCUUGCUCCCGGGUACCCCCUGUGAAUCGCUCCUGCAGCAAAGCCGCCAUGCCUAUCACUCGGAUGCGAAUGAGACCCUGGCUAGAGAUGCAGAUUAAUUCCAACCAAAUUCCAGGGCUGAUCUGGAUUAAUAAAGAAGAGAUGAUCUUCCAGAUCCCAUGGAAGCAUGCUGCCAAACACGGCUGGGACAUCAACAAGGAUGCCUGUCUGUUCCGGAGCUGGGCCAUUCACACAGGCCGAUACAAAGCAGGGGAAAAAGAGCCAGAUCCCAAGACAUGGAAGGCAAACUUCCGUUGUGCCAUGAACUCCCUACCGGACAUUGAGGAAGUGAAGGACCAGAGCAAGAACAAGGGCAGCUCUGCUGUACGGGUGUACCGGAUGCUGCCACCCCUCACGAAGAACCAGAGGAAAGAGAGAAAGUCCAAGUCCAGCCGAGACACUAAGAGCAAAGCCAAGAGGAAGCUGUGUGUAGGUGCUAGCCCUGACACCUCUGAUGGACUCAGCAGCUCUACUCUACCUGAUGACCACAGCAGCUACACCACUCAGGGCUACCUGGGUCAGGACUUGGACCUAGAAAGGGACAUUACUCCAGCGCUGUCACCGUGUGUCAUCAGCAGUAGUCUCUCCGAGUGGCAUAUGCAGAUGGACAUCGCACCAGACAGUACCACUGAUCUGUAUAAUCUACAGGUGUCACCCAUGCCUUCCACCUCCGAAGCUGCAACCGACGAGGAUGAGGAAGGGAAGUUACCCGACGACAUCAUGAAGCUCUUUGAACAGUCUGAGUGGCAGCCGACACAUGUGGAUGGCAAGGGAUACUUGCUCAAUGAACCAGGAGCCCAGUUCUCUUCUGUCUGUGGAGACUUCAGCUGCAAAGAGGAACCAGAAGUUGACAGCCCUAGAGGGGACAUUGGUAUAGGCAUACAACAUGUCUUCACGGAGAUGAAGAGUAUGGACUCCAUCUUAUGGAUGGACAACCUGCUGAGCAACUCUAUGAGGCCGACGUCCUCCAUUCAGGCCAUUCCUUGUGCACCAUAGUUUGGGUCUCUGACCCGUUUUUGCCCUCCUGAGUGAACUAGGCCUGGCAUCAUGGUGGCUGUGAUAGAAAAAAAGCUAGAUUUCUGUGGGCCCCUUGACAUGGCAAAACAUAAUCCCACUGCCAAGCAGGGAAGGGACCAUCCUCCUUGGGUCAGUAGACUCUCAGGGCUUUGGAGGCAGGGUCUGAAUUUUCUUGUGAAGUGAAGCUGGCCCUGACUCCUAGGAAGAGGGAUUGGGGUUCUGAGGUUAGUGUGAGGCAGAGGAAAGCUGUGUUGCUUAGAGAGGGUCUUAAUCACUGGGAUGGCCCUGAGGGGAAUAGACGGGUGCCCACAGAAGAGCACAGGACUGGCCCUAAAGCUGGCUCUGCACUGGGAGACAAUUGCACUAACUGAGUCCUAUUCCCAAAGAGUUGCUGCCCUUCCCAACCGAGCCCUGGGAUGGUUUCCAAGCCAGUGAAAUGUGAAGGAAAAAAAAAAUGGGAUCCUGUGAGGGUGGGUUCCCUUAGCCUCAGAGGGAUUCUGCCUCACUACCUGCUACAGCUGUGGGGCUCAGGAAAAAAAAUGGCACUUUCUCUGUGGACUUUGACACAUUUCUGAUCAGAGAUGUACACUAACAUUUCUCCCCAAGUCUUGGCCUUUGCAUUUAUUUAUAUAGUUCCUUGCCUGGUGUCUGCUGUCUCCUCAGGCCUUGGCAGUCCUCAGCAGGUUCAGGGAGGGGGUUGUGAGCGCCUUGGCGUGACUCUGAAUAUUGGAAACACCACCUAACAGCUAAAUUGUGUUUGAUCACAUGUGGAUCUGUGUAAAUAUGUAUAUUUGUCUUUUUAUAAAAAGUUAAGUUGUUUACAAGG